AUGGAAGGGGAUAAGUUCCAGGAAGAGAUCAAAUGCCUCAUUGAGGUGAAGCGCAAAAACAUCACACGGUUUCUAGGAUAUUGUGCCGACACACAAGGGAGAGUGGUAGACUUUGAGGGAAGCUUUGUAAUGGCAGAUGUACGACGACAGUUCCUCUGUUUUAAGUAUCGACACAAAGAUACGUACAGUGGAGUUGAAUGGAGAGAGCACUAUCAAAUAAUCAAAGGAAAUUGCAAGGGUUUAUGGUACCUUCACCGUAAUCAUAUUGUUCAUUUGGACCUAAAACCUGAUAAUAUAUUGUUGGAUGAUAAUAUGGUACCGAUAGCUGACUUUGGUCUCUCAAAGUACUUUCGUGCCGGAUUAUCAUUUCAAAAUUUGGAUGAACAUCAUGCAUCUCGUGGACUUGAAUGGGGCAAGAGGUAUCUAAUUGUUAAAGGAAUUUGUGAGGGCUUAUAUUACCUUGAAGAAGAAAGUAUUAUUCACUUAGAUCUGAAACCAGCCAAUAUAUCGAUGGACAACAAUAUGUUGCCCAAAAUUACCGACUUUGGUCUCCCAAGAUUGGUUUAUAAGAAUGCUUAUGGAUAUGAAUGGCGAGAGUGCUAUGACAUAAUCGAAGGAAUUUGUGAGGGUUUAAGUUAUCUCCACAAGAACCAUAUUGUUCACUUCAACUUAAAACCGACAAAUAUACUUUAUGGAAUAUACUAUGGUUCCUAA